AUGACUAUCAUCCGGGCCAGGAACUCGUGUGCAUUGGAUUUAACGGUGUCAAAGCCUAGACCGUUGAUUAAGAAAGGAAGAGGCGGUGUGUCGACGACGUCCGAGGCGGUCACGGGGCAAAUAAGUAUCAAUAAUUGGCAAGUAUUUGUGACACAUAGUUUACGAAAGCGGACUGUGGUGAUGGGCGAUAUCUCGAUGUGCCUGAGCGGAGAUAAAUGUAACUUGAAUCUGAGGAAUCAUGGUUCGCGAGUUAUGUUAAAGGUUUCAAAAGAGAUUGGACUGCGAGACAUACACAGGGUGUCGAGGAGUGAUGUGGUUGCGGGGCUGCUUUUGUUCUUCUGCGUAACCAUGGAUUCAUCGUCCGCUGAUGGACUUACUUACUUUUUACCCAAGAUGGGUCAGCGUAUAACACCUAAAAGAAAUUAUCAAAGGACGAAUCUCAUUUGCAGGAAAGAUCUCAUCACUCCUUGGAUGUCAGAGCGUCAAAAGUCCGAGGUGUACUACCUUGACAUUCCAGCAACAGCGAUGAUAGAGGUCAGAGACGGCGAAGAUCAAUGUUUCACGUGUUCUCUUUUCGGACAUGCGUUUGUCGACUGCCCGGUGAAGGGUAUGCCGCCCCGCGAGGACUUCGGCGAUUGGCGUUUAGUAGAGAAUGGCAGAGUUUACAGUUUGUUGGCUCUGUGGCCGGAGCUUGGUCGAGCUCGUGCACUUGCUAAAUUGCAAAAAAAGGGCAAUGGAGGUGGCACUCAACGCUCUGCGGUACCACGAUCAAGUGCCAAUGACCAGAUUGGAAGACUGAGCGGAAGUCACGGAAAAGAAACCGUUGAGGCAACAACGUCAGACGGAGCAGUGGCUGAAGUCCGAGGCGAUGAUGAAGUGUUAACGGCCUCAAUGAAAAUCAGAGUGAACGGUUUAGACAGGGCGGAGAAUGCGAAACGGAAAAAUGUGUCGUCUGCUGAGUACAUAUGUGUGCUGAAGGCCCAGGCCGCGCGGACAAAAAACGGAAGUGUCAACAGAUUAAACGAUCUAGGUCAUGCACCAGUCUCAAUCGCUCUUUCAGCCAUUGCAUGUGCAGUGUCCUAA